CUUGCUAAGAUUAAGUCGAUGAUAAAUUUAUACCACAUUUGGUUGACGCUAUAAAUUAAGCAUGGGAUAGAAUUUAUACUGUGUGUGGUUGAUGGUGUAAUUUUAUCCCAGGCUUAAUGAUGGAUAUCCCACCUUAUCUGUCCAACAUGGGAUUACUUUAUUCCAUCUCCCAGGUGUGAUAAAUUAGUUCAUGGAUUAUAUCCCACGAUAAUUUAGUCUGCGUACUGACCGCCCUCUAAGAGUUUUGUUUUUCCAUAAGUGAUUUGUUAAAUAUUCUUAGCAUAUCCAUUUGGGAUUUGUUAGAAUAUGAGUAGAAAUAGAAAUAGUAUAUAAAAAUCCUACUUGGACAAGGAUUGUACUAUAGUGUCUAUAAAUAGGGUCUUGAUGUAAUUAUGUAAACACAAUUCAGUAAUAUUUUUCUCCAUUUAUUCUCACAUGGUAUCAGAGCAUUGGUGAGAAAUUUUAGAAAAGAAAACUCAGUCAUAAUGCGUCAAUUCCGGCGAUUGAUUUGUCCUUUUUUUUAUUUUGUGAGUUGUGUAAAAAAUACAACACCAUCAAGAGGAUCGGGAAGAUCAGGCGACAAAAGCCCGACCAAAACCGCCGAGAAAAUACUAGCCACGCGCCGACAUGCUCCUGCCGGAAUUUUAAAAUUCCGGCGAGAUCUGGUCACGCGCUGGCGCGUGAACCCAUUUUCGGUCGAAUUUUUGAGUUGUUCUUUUUUUGUUGGGGUCGUCGAUCCAUUCCGCUCCGACCAGUUACUUUUUUUCGAUUCUAGCAAUAUUUGAAGAUUCCGAUCACUAGAACCCUAAUUCCGACGACAUCAGAUUUUUCUUGUCUUUUCUGCAAGUUUUCAGAUCCUGUUUCUUGGUGUUUUCAAGUUUAAAUUUCCAAAAUGUCUUUUGGGUAUGAUGUUUUUGGCCCCAAAACUACUGGAAUCGGAAGUUCAAGUCCUAUGAUCACUUCCGAACCAUUAAUGGGAAGUUCAAAUUAUUUAGCGUGGGCUUCCUUGAUUGAGUUGUGGUGCAAAGAUCAAGGUGUCCAAGAUCACUUAACGAACAAGGCUAGUGUGGUAGAUGAAAAGGCCAAAUCUAGCGCGGAAGAUGCAAAAAGCUAAAGAACAAUAGGAGAAAGUUGACGCUCAAUUAUGUAGUCUCUUAUGAUGAUCUAUUGAUUCCAAGUUGAUGCCCUUAUUUUGUCCAUUCUAGAAGUGUUAUUUAAAUUGGGAAAAGGCUCGUGCUUUAUACACUAAUGACAUAUCUCGUUUUUAUGAUGUGAUAUCUCGAAUGACCAACUUGAAGAAACAACAAUCUGAUAUAUUUACUUACUUGGGACAAAUACAAGCAGUCAUGGAAGAAUUUGGUACAUUGAUGCCCGUCACUACGGAUAUUAAAAAACAACAAGAGCACAUACAGAUGUUGUUCUUAGUUCUUACACUUGCUAGACUUUCUACUGACCAUGAUGCUGUACGUGAUCAGAUUUUAGCUAGUCCUACGGUUCCUAUAAUUGAUGAGUUAUUUUCUCGUGUGCUUUGUCUUGCCGUGCCUCCCAGUCACAAAGUAAUUUCAUCACCCGCUGAUGACUCUUCUAUUCUUGCAUCUCAAACCAUAAAAAAACGAACAUAUCAGCCUAUGAAAAAUCGAUGUGGGGGAGGUCGUUUUGGAAUAUCUCGAUCGAAGUGUAAUUAUUGUCAUAAAGUUGGACACACUCAGGAUAUAUGCCAUAGUUUGCAAAAGAAUUAUUGUCCACCACCCAGUUAUGAUCCUAUUGCUGUAAAGGAAUAUAAUGAGUUCCUUCGGAAUCGAGCAAGUAAGUAGAUAUCUCCACAACCUAAUCGACCAUCCAAUAAUGCUCAUAUUGCCCAAACAGAAUAUGAUGAGUUCCUUCAGUAUUGAGAAAGUAAGCAGACAUCUCCGCAAGUACCCUCGAUCGUGCAGCCUGAUGCUUCUGUUGCUGGUAAUCUUUUUGCUUGGGUUUCACAGUCUAGUACUCUUGGAUCAUCGGUUGUGGACUCAGUUGCUUCUGAUCAUAUUUCUGGUAACAAAUCACUUUUGUCUGAUAAUGUUUAUUCACAAUCUCUUCCUGCUAUUACUUUAGCUAAUGGGAUCCAAACACAACCAAAAGGUGUUGGACAAGCUAAACCCCUGUCUUCUGUCCCACUAGACUCUGUUUUUUAUGUCCCUGAUUGUCCUUUUAAUCUUGCAGCUGUUAGUCGUUUGACACAUGCCCUUAAUUGCAAAAUAACUUUUUUUGACGACUCUUUUCUAAAGCAAGACUGCAGUACGGGACAAACGAUUGGCGCAGGACAUGAAUCACAAGGCCUUUACCAUCUUACCUCUUCAAAUUCUUUCACAACAUGCUCCGUGACAGACUCUCCAGACCUAAUUCACAAACAUUUGGGACAUCCGAGUCUAUCCAAGCUACAAAAGAUGGUGCCUAGUUUGUCUAGUUUAUCCACAUUAGAUUGUGAGUCAUGUCAACUUGGGAAACACACCCGUGCUACUUUCUCACGUAGUAUUGAGACUUGAGAGUCAUUCAGUCUAUUUUCUCAUUAGUUCAUUAUGAUGUUUGGGGUCCUAGUAGAGUCAGUUCACCUUUAGAUUUUCGUUAUUUUGUUAGUUUCAUUGAUGAUUUUUCAAGAUGUACUUGGUUUUCUUAAUGAGAUAUUUUCUAUAUUCAAAAGUUUUUGUGCUGAAAUACAAACUCAAUUUGGUGUUUCUAUUCGUACAUUUCGUAGUGAUAAUGCUUUAGAAUACUAAUUCUCUUAGUUUUAGGAGUUUAUGACUCAUCAAGGAAUUGUUCACUAGAUAUCUUGUUCGUACACCCCUCAGCAGAAUGGUAUAGCAGAAAGAAAAAAUAGGCAUCUUCUUGAGACUACUCACACUCUUCUCAUUGAAUCCCAUGUUCCGCUGCAUUUUUGGGGCGAUGCAGUCCUCACAUCUUGUUAUCUAAUUAAUAGAAUGCAUGCAUCUUCCAUUCAGAAUAAGGUUCCCCAUUCUAUAUUGUUUCCACAGUCACACCUCUACUCUAUCCCCCCUCGUGUCUUUGGGAGCACAUGCUUUGUUCAUAACUUAGCCCCUGGGAAAGAUAAAUUAGCCCCUCGUACUUUCAAGUGUGUCUUCCUUGGUUACUCUCGAGUUCAAAAAGGAUAUCGUUUUUUAUUCAUCGGAUCUUCGUCGCUACUUUAUGUCCGCCGAUGUCACUUUUUUUGAAUCUCGACCUUACUAUAUAUCUUCUAAUCAUCCUGAUAUAUCUGAGAUUUUACACGUAUCUCCAAUCUUACCCGCACUAUCCUUGGUCUUACCCGUAUCUCCAGACUUAUCCGACCCAACCUUUGAGGAAUCAACUGUUACUUCUACGUCUCCAGCUACACUGCCACCACUUCUGACUUAUCAUCAUCGUCCGCGUCCACCAUUAGUCCUGGAUGAUUCAUGUCGUGUUGGACGCUGCUCCUACUGCGGACUUGCCUUCUCCUAACCAAUCAGUUGAACUUCAAAAAGGUAUGCGUUCCACUCGCAAUGUUAACCCACAUUAUACUUUCUUGAGUUAUCAUCCUUUAUCAACAACAACAACAACAACAUACCCAAUAUAUUCCCACCAAGUGGGGUUUGGGGAGGGUAAGUGUACGCAGUUCAUACCACUACCUUAGAAAUGAGAUAGAGAGGCUGUUUCCAAAUGACCCCCGGCUCAAAAUAACACAAUGCUCAAUAUAAAAUAAUCUAGACAAGGCAUGGUCAAAGGACAAAAUAUCAUAGAAGACAAGGCGUAGUCAAAGGACAAAAUAUCAUAGAAAUCAACAUAUCCAAUAAUAUCAUAUACAAGAUACACCAAGUAGUACAACAAAAGAUUCAACGUCCUAAACUCAACCGAACCUUCUACCCUAAUCCUCCUCCUUCACAACUCUAUCUAGGGUCAUGUCCUUGGUAAGCUGGAGCUGUUCCAUGUCCUGUCUAAUCACUUUCCUCCAAUAUUUCUUCGGUCUACCUCUACCGUGCUUGAACCCAUCCCUAGCCAACUUCUCACACCUUCUCACUGGGGCAGCUGCACCCCUCCUCAUCACAUGACCGAACUAUCUUAACCUUGCUUCCCUCAUCUUAGCUUCCAUCGAUGCCACUCCCACCUUAUCUCGAAUAACCUCAUUUCUAAUCCUAUCUUUCCUAGUGCAUCCACUCAUCCACCAAAGCAUUCUCAUCUCCACCAUCUUCAUCUUCUGGAUGUGGGCCUUCUUAACAGGCCAACACUCUGCCCUAUACAACAAUGUCGGUCUAACCACCACUUUGUAGAACUUGCAUUUAAGUUUAGGAGGUACCUUUUUGUCACAUAAGAUUCUGGAGGCGAGCCUCCAUUUCAUCCAUUUUACCCCAAUCCGAUGAGUGACAUCUUCGCCAAUCUCUCUAUUCUCCUGAAUCAUAGACCCUAGAUACUUAAAACUAUCUCGCUUAUUGAUAGAAUGAGUACCAAGCUUAAUAACCACAUCAGACUCAUGAGACACCUUGCUGAACUUACACUCCAAAUAUUCUGUCUUAGACCUACUUAACCUAAACCUUUUAGACUCAAGGGUUUGCCUCCAAACCUUUAAUUUAGCAUUAACUCCACUACGAGUUUCAUCAAUCAGCACCACAUCAUCUGUAAAAAGCAUACAGUAAGGUACUUCCUCUUGAAUUUGCCACGCCAAAACCUCCAUCACCAAGGAAAAAAGAAAUGAACUAAGCGUCGAUCCUUGGUGUAAACCCAUCAAGACAGGGAAGUGCUCUAAAUCCCCUCCCCCGGUCCUAACUCGAGUCUUGGCUCCGUCGUACAUAUCCUUAAUUGCCCUAACAUACACCAUAGGAAUACCUUUAGCCUCCAAACAUCUCCAAAGAACCUCCCUGGGAACUCUAUCAUAGGCUUUCUCUAAGUCGAUAAACACCAUGUGCAAAUCCUUCUUCCUUUCCCUAUACUACUACGCCAGUCUUCUAACGAGGUGGAUGGCUUCCGUAGUCGAGCGUCCUGGCAUAAAUCCAAACUAAUUUUCAGAAAUAGUCACAAUCCUCCGCAACCUUAACUCCACCACCCUCUCCCAAACCUUCAUAGUGUGACUUAACAACUUGAUACCCGUAUAAUUGUUGUAAUCUUGAAUAUCACCCUUAUUCUUAUAUAAUGGAAUCAUCAUGCUCUAUCGUCAUGCUUCGGGCAUCCUCGCCGUUUUGAAAAUUAAGUUAAACAACCGAGUCAGCCACUCCAUACCUUCCCUUCUUGUACACUUCCAAAAUUCCACUCUCAUCUGGCCCCGUCGCUCUACCUCUACGCAUCCUACGAAUAGCCCUUUUAACCUCCUCAACCUUAAUUCGCCUACAAUAACCAUAGUCGCGAAACCUCUCAGAAUGCUCCAAAUCCCCCAACACAAUGCUAGUAUCCCUUCCUUCGUUCAGGAGCUUAUGGAAGUACGACUGCCAUCUUUUCCUAAUACGACCUUCCUUCACCAAAACUUUGCCAUCCACAUCCUUAAUACACUUCACCUGAUCAAGGUCCCGAGCCUUCCUUUCCCUAACCUUGGCAAGUCUGUACAACUUGUUAUCCCCACCUUUACUAUCUAACACUGUGCAGAAACUCUCGAAAGCAGUAUCUUUAGCCAUCGUGACCGCUAACUUCAUCUCUCGCCUAGCAAUCUUGUACUCCUCCCUAUUCUUUCGUUUAGCCUCUUCAUCCUUACUCUCAACCAACUUAGCGUACUCUUUCUUCUUAGCCUCCACCUUCCCUUCACCUCCGUGUUCCACUACCAAUCCCCUUGGUGCUUGCCCGAGCGGCCUCUUGAAACACCCAACACCUCUCUAGCUGUCUCCCUGAUGCAACUGGAGGUCUUGUCCCACAUACUAUCAGCGUCCUCUCCACUCCUCCAAGCCUUACUCGCCAUCAACUUAUCCCCUAUAUUCAGUGCACUGGCCAAAGUCAAACUGCCCAUCUAAUCCUCGGCUGAUCCUCCACACCUCCCCUUCUCCGCUCCUUAUGGUCUUUAGGUCCAUCACAAAAAGCCUAUGCUGGGUCGAAAGGCUCUCACUCGGUAAGACCUUAUAGUCCUUACAAAUACCUCUAUCAACUUUCCUAAGAAGUAAGAAGUUAAUCUAGGUCUUGGCCACCGAACUACGGAAGGUAACCAAAUGAACCUCCUUCUUGGGAAAGUUCGAAUUAACUACCACCAAUCCAAAUGCCCGAGCAAAAUCCAAAAGUGCCACUACUUCGUCAUUCCUUAUACCGAACCCAUUACCUCUAUGCACAUCAUCAUAACCCCUCGACAAAGACCUAAUGUGCCCAUUGAAACUCUUAUGAAAAGCUUUUCAUUACUGGGAUACCCCCCCACCAAUUCAUCCAAAGCCUCUCAAAACCUCUUCUUCUCUUCCUCAUCCUCAUCCAAGCAUAUAGGGCAUACGCACUAAUAAUAUUCCAAGAUAACUCUCCAAUAACUAGCUUAAUUGACAUCAUCCUAUUAUUAACCCUCUUAACCUCUACCAUUUGCUUCCUAAGCUCCUCAUCUACUAGGAUACCCAAACCAUUCCUGUUCCUUAUGCUUCCUGAGUACCACACCUUAUAACCUUCUACUACCCUCGCCUUAGUACCUACCCAUUUGGUUUCUUUAAGACAAGCUAUACUAAUACACCUUUUCCUAAGAAUUUUCACUGGCUCUAUUGACUUCUCCAAUAAAGACCCUAUAUUCCACGAUCCUACCCUCAACCUAAAGCCACCCUUAACCCCUUUACCCUUCCUGCCUCCUGCCUCAGCACUAGCCCCUGACCCAAUCCCCACCCAAAGACAUGACCCUAAGUCAACACCAUCUACCACAGCCAUCAGAGACACCAAUAAAUAACACUAAGAGCACAUAACCUUGACAACAAUGCAAACCAAAAGGUACUAUUAAGCCCACAGUACAGAACUACUUAAGCACAACAAAUAUGACUAAACCACAGGUAGAAUUAUCACACACCGAAUAGUAACCACUACUACAGACUAUAAAAUAAACAAGUAAAUCGGCACUAUCAUCGUUUAUCAUCACCCCAGUAUGCUUUUGUAUAGUCUUUGUCGUCUAUUUCCAUCCCUAAGACUAUAGGUGAAACACUUUCUCAUGCAGGAUGGAAGCAGGCUAUGAUAGAUGAGAUAUCUGCUUUACAUGCGAGUGGUACUUGGGAGCUUGUUUCCCUUCCUGCAGGACCGCGGUACGGGACAAACGAUUGGCGCAGGACAUGAAUCACAAGGCCUUUACCGUCUUACCUCUUCAAAUUCCUUCACAGCAUGCUCUGUUACAGACCCUUCAGACCUAAUUCACAAACGUUUGGGACAUCCGAGUGUAUCCAAGCUACAAAAGAUGGUGCCUAGUUUGUCUAGUUUAUCCAUAUUAGAUUGUGAUUCAUGUCAACUUGGGAAACACACCGUGCUACUUUCCCACGUAGUAUUGAGAGUGUUUCAGAGUCUAUUUUCUUAUUAGUACAUUUUGAUAUUUGGAGUCCUAGUAGAGUCAAUCCACCUUUAGGUUUUCGUUAUUUUAUUAGUUUCAUUGAUGAUUUUUCAAGAUGUACUUGGGUUUUCUUAAUGAAAGAUCGUUCUGAGAUAUCUUCUAUAUUCAAAAGUUUUUGUGCUGAAAUACAAACUCAAUUUGGUGUUUCUAUUCGUACUUUUCAUAGUGAUAAUGCCUUAGAAUACUUAUCCUCUCAGUUUCAGGAGUUUAUGACUCAUCAAGGAAUUGUUCACCAAAUAUCUUGUCCGUAAACCCCUCAGCAAAAUGGUAUAGCAGAAAGAAAAAAUAGGCAUCUUCUUGAGACUGCUCGCACUGUUCUCAUUAAAUCCCAUGUUCUGCUGCAAUUUUAGGGUGAUGCAGUCCUCACAUCUUGUUAUCUAAUUAAUAGAAUGCCAUUAUCUUCCCUUCAGAAUAAGGUUCCCCAUUCUAUAUUGUUUCCACAGUCACAUCUCUGCUCUAUCCCCCCUUGUGUCUUUGGGAGCACAUGUUUUGUUCAUAACUUAGCCCCUGGAAAAGAUAAAUUAGCUCCUCGUGUUCUCAAGUGUGUCUUCCUUGGUUACUCUCGAGUUCAAAAAGGGUAUCGUUGUUAUUCACCAGAUCUUCGUCGCUACUUUAUGUCCGUCGAUGUCACUUUUUUUGAAUCUUGACCUUACUAUAUAUCUUCUGAUCAUCCUGAUAUCACUGAGGUUUUACCCGUAUCUCCAGUCUUACCCGCACCAUCCUUAGUCUUUCCCAUAUCUCCAGACUUACUCGAACCAACCUUUAAGGAAUCAACGGUUACUUCUAUGUCUCCUGCUACAGUGCCACCACUUUUGACUUAUCAUCGUUGUCCACGUCCACCAUUAGUCCCAGAUGAUUCAUGUCAUGGUCGGAUGCUGCUCCUACUGCGGACUUGCCUUCUCCUAGCCAAUCAGUUGCACUUUAAAAAGGUAAAUCUACUGUUGGUUGCCGUUGGGUUUAUGCAGUCAAACGGCCAGGUUGAUCGGCUUAAGGCUCGCCUUGUUGCCAAAGGAUACACACAAAUAUUUGGGCUUGAUUAUAGUGACACUUUUUCUCCAGUGGCUAAAAUAGCAUCUGUCCGUCUUUUUCUAUCCAUUGCUAUCGUUCGUCAUUGGCCUCUUUUUCAGUUGGAUAUUAAGAUUUCUUUUCUGCAUGGUGAUCUUGAGGAAGAAGUCUAUAUGGAGCAACCGCGUGGUUUUGUUGCUCAAUGGGAUUCUAGUAACCUUGUAUGGCGAUUGCGCAGGUCACUCUAUAGUCUGAAACAGUCUCCUCGAGCUUGGUUUGGAAAAUUCAGCACAGUAAUUCAGCAGUUUGGCAUGAUUCGUAGUGGAGCUAAUCACUCAGUGUUUCAUUAACAUUCUCAACCAAAUUUGUGUAUUUAUCUAGUGGUGGUUUAUGUUGAUAUCGUUAUCACUGGCAAUGAUGAAGAUGGUAUCUCUAAAUUGAUGCAACAUCUCUUUCAGCAUUUUCAGACCAAAGAACUCGGCAGACUGAAAUACUUUAUAGGUAUUGAGGUUGCUUAGUCCAGAUCAGGUAUUGUUAUUUCUCAACGCAAGUAUGACUUAGACAUUCUUGAGGAGACAGGAAUGCUGGGAUGUAGACUCAUUGACACUCCUAUGGAUCCAAAUGCCAAACUUCUACCAGGAGAGCCACUCAGUGAUCCUGAAAGGUAUAGGCGGUUGGUUGAAUUAUCUCACGUGACUAGACCUAAUAUCCUUUCCUGUAAGUGUUGUAAGUCAGUUUAUGACUUCCCCUAUGAUAGUCAUUGGGAUGCAAUUGUUCGUAUUUUGUAAUAUAUAAAGUCAGCUCCAAGUAAAGGACUACUUUUUGAGGAUCGAGGUCACGAGCAUAUCAUUAGAUACAUAGAUGCUUAUUGGGCAGGAUCACCCUCUGAUAGACGUUCUACCUCCGGAUAUUGUGUUUUAGUAGGAGGUAAUUUGGUGUUUUGAAAGAGUAAGAAACAGAGUGUGCUUGCUCGAUCUAGUGCAGAAGUAGAAUAUCGAGCAGUGGCUGUAGCAACUAGUGAGCUAGUUUGGAUCAGACAGUUGCUGAGAGAAUUAAAAUUUGGAGAAAUCGGUAAGAUGAAACUUGUGCGUGAUAAUCAAGCAGCCCUUCAUAUCGUAUCAAAUCCACUGUUUAAUGAGAGGACUAAACAAAUAGAGAUUGAUUGUCACUUUGUCAGAGAAAAGAUACUCUUAGGAGAUAUUGUUACAAAAUUUGUGAAGUGAUCAACUUGCAGAUAUCUUCACUAAGUCCCUCACCAGUCCUUGUAUUAAUUAUAUUUGUAACAAGCUAGGUACAUAUGAUUUAUAUGCACCAGUUUGAAGGGGAGUGUUAGAAUAUGAGUAGAAAUAAGAAUAGUAUAUGCAAAAUCCUACUUGGAACUAUAGUGUCUAUAAAUAGAGUCUCGAUAUAAUUAUGUAAACACACCAUUCAAUAAUAUUUUUCUUCAUUAAUUCUCACAGAUAUUAAGAAUGUUUUUUGCAUGGUGAUUUUGAAGAAGAAGUCUAUAUGGAGCAACCACCUGAUUUUGUUGCUCAGGGGGAGUCUAGUUGCCUUGUAUGUCGAUUGCGCAGGUCACUCUAUGGUCUGAAACAGUCCCCUCGAGCUUGGUUUGAAAAAUUCAGCAGUUUGGCAUGAUUUGUAGUGGAGCUGAUCACUCAGUGUUUUAUCGACAUUCUCAACCAAAUCUGUGUAUUUAUCUGGUGGUUUAUGUUGAUGAUAUCGUUAUCACUGACAAUGAUGAAGAUGGUAUCACUAAAUUGAAGCAACAUUUUUUUUAGCAUUUUCAGACCAAAGACCUUGGCAGACUGAAAUAUUUUCUCGGUAUUGAGGUUGCUCAGUCCAGAUCAAGUAUUGUUAUUUCUCAACGCAAGUAUGCCUUACACAUUCUUGAGGAGACAGAAUGAUGGGAUGUAGACCCAUUGACACUCCUAUGGAUCCAAAUGCUAAACUUCUACCAGGACAAGGGAGCCACUCAGUGAUGCUGAAAGGUAUAGGUGGUUAGUUGGAAAGUUGAAUUAUCUCACCGUGACAAGACCUGACAUAUCCUUUCUUGUGAGUGUUGUAAGUCAGUUUACCUGACAUAUCCUUUCUUGUGAAUGUUGUAAGUCAGUUUAUGAUUUCCCUCCGUGAUAGUCAUUGGGAUGCAGUUGUUCGUAUUCUGCGAUAUAUAAAGUCAGCUCCAGGUAAAGGACUACUCUUUGAGGAUCGAGGUCACAAGCAUAUCAUUAGAUACACAGAUGCUGAUUGGGCAGGAUCACACUCUGAUAGACGUUCUACUUUCGGAUAUUGUGUUUUAAUAAGAGGUGAUUUGGUGUCUUGGAAGAGUAAGAAACUGAGUGUGGUUGCUCGAUCUAGUGCGGAAGCAGAAUAUCGAGCAAUGGCGGUAGCAACUUGUGAGCUAGUUUGGAUCAGACAGUUGCUGAGAGAAAUAAAAUUUGGAGAAACCGGUAAGAUGGAGCUUGUGUGUGAUAAUCAAGCAGCCCUUCAUAUCGCAUCAAAUUCAGUGUUUAAUGAGAGGACUAAACACAUAGAGAUUGAUUGUCACUUUUUCAGAGAAAAGAUACUCUCAGGAGAUAUUGUUACAAAAUUUGUGAAGUCAAGUGAUCAACUUUCAGAUAUCUUCACCAAGUCUCUCACUAGUCCUCGUAUUAAUUAUAUUUGUAACAAGCUAGGUACAUGUGAUUUGUAUGCACCAGCUUGAGGGGGAGUGUUCGAAUAUGAGUAGAAAUAGGAAUAGUAUAUAAAAAUUCUAUUUGGAAGAGGAUUGUACUAUAGUGUCUAUAAAUAGAGUUUCGAUGUAAUUAUGUAAACACACAAUUCAAUAAUAUUUUUCUCCAUUUAUUCUCACAGGAUUGAACUAGGCUAGUCAGUGGCGGAGCCGGGAUUUGAACUUUAUGGGUUCUAAAUUUUGGAUAGGCGAUAACUUCUGUACUUAUUUUGUGAAUUCCUUUAUAUAAAUAUAGGGUUUGAACCAAAGCUACCGGAGUCGGUCAAACCCAUGUGUUGGUUUCUAGCUCCACCCAUAGUGUUGGUGUGUCGUGUGUGUAUAAUCCUGUGAACUGUUGAAAUCCAUGAUGUAGUCGAUGAACCAGUGAGCACCUUUGGGUUGUAUGAAAUUGCAAAAACCAGACGAAGUAUGCCAUUUCAAACUCGUGUGUCAUUCUUGAAAUGCUGUUGUUGCUCUUAAAUUUCCAUGCUUCGGACUCUCAGCAACAGGUUUUCCUUUGAUUUAUUCAUCUUUUGGGUGGGGGUACCUUAUGAAGUGAGGAGAAAUUAGGUAAUAGUUGUGUCAUCCGUCUAAGUUGUGCUGGGUGGAGUUACAACCACUAGACUGCUACACCAAUUAGUCUUAGAUUUUCUUAUUUCUGCAAUAUCAUUAUAUGGGAAAUACUGGUUUUCCUAUUAACUGAUUUUUCAUCCCUUAAUAACUUGAGCAGAGGUGUUUUGAAUCGAAUUUGGUAAUAAUUGCAGAGAUACUAUUCUAGUGAGUGAAUGUGUCCGGUAAUUAUCUCCAUCUUGUAGACUAAAUCUCUUGUCAGCGAGUGAAUUGUUUUCUGUUAUAAUACCAAUCAUCUUUGAUAUCCGUAUACAGGUGUUAUUAUGCUAACAGUCAUAGCUUUUACUCUUGCAUUUCUUUCAAACUAUUUUCUGAAAAA